AAGCAACGAGAAGGCGACUCCAACACUCAAUCAGUGCAUCAUACUGUCAUGGACGAGGGGGAAACCUGCAGCAUAAUAAAAGAGCAGCUCUCCAUCACCAUCGAGUGGGCUGCCAAAACGACCUCCCGGAUGGUAUUGUGCAGACUUGCGGCCCUGAAAAGGGAAGAUCGUUCUUUUAAUGGAAAGAACUAUAAUGAAGCAGGUGAGGUUUUGUUAACCGGCGACGCGUCUGAUUCUUGCGUUUCUCUCAUAAUUGAGCAGGAGGUGAUGGUGGCCGCAGAGAUCAUGAUGUCUAAAUUUGAAAGCCUAGUGAAGAACAUUUACGCUGAUUUCCGAUCUCAAGUGUCCAGGUAUCAAAAAGAAAACCAGAACUUGAAAGAGAAGGUGGACACGUUUGGGAACGUAUUGGGAUUGUCGCACCCGAGCCAAAGAAGUGCCCUGCUUUAUGCGACAGGAGAAGAUGGAAAUUCUGAAGACGAGAUCGAUCUGCCAGACCAGCGCUUAUCGCGAAGCACGUCGUGCGACUCCACCGAUCAGCUCCUCGAGUACAAGCGGGCAGACUACGCCGACUGGAGGAGGUCGUCACCGGGCAGCGGCGGUGCUGCGGGGUCAAUUCAAACCCGCCAGAAAAUGGAACUGGAAAUGGCAAAGCAAGGACCUCCAGAAUUUUUUCUGCCAGCAGCAGAUGGAAUGGCAUCAACUGGCCAUGGCGUCAUGGAAGUGGAUGGUGUGAAAGCACAGAGAAGCACAAAAGCCAGCAUUUUGAAAACUGAAGAGGGAAUAUCAGAGCAGAUUAAAGAAGAAUAUCUUCAGUCCAACUGUUCUGGGAUUUCUAAUGGUGGUCAGGAGCAGGUGUCCUUCAGCACUGAAACAAUCACUGUGAAAGAGGAGGCUUUGGAAGUGGAUCUUUCUUCUUCUCCAGUUAAUCAGGACAUUCAUACUGUGGAGUGUUUGGAAGAAGAUGGGUACCUUCUAAAUGUCCAUCCAUUUAUUGCAGCCACUUUAACCAGAAGCUCUCCCAGCAUUAGGUGCAGGGCAGAGACUGUGUUUAGAUUGGACACCAGUCUGUCACAAGACAUUACUUUAAAUAGGGUUAAGGAGGUCCAUUUGGGUGCCUUGCAGGGCAGUCCACACUCAGAAUCACCAUCCAGAGGUGAGCAUUCAGAAAAGAGGAGACUUGACCAAGUCGAAAGUGGGGAAGUGGAGCAACUGGGUCACAAUGUCUGCACAUCGCAUAUCUAUGAUGAAAGUUUAGAGGCUUUCAGGGAACUCUGUCACCUUGCAAACCAGCAGAGAAACAACACUGAAGAUAAAACCUACCAGGGGACGGAAUACAGGGUGACCUUAAACUGUGCUAAAACAUUUAACGAACUCUCAAGAGAAAAACUGAACCCACGAACUGACUGUGCAAAGAACUCCGGGCAGGUUAGACUGCUUAUGAAACAUCAUAAAACUCACAUUGGAGAAAAUCCGUACCAAGCGGAUGAGCUGCCGAAUGCAUUCACAGAAAGUGAGAAGUAUAAACCCAUGAAGAGGGGUGAAAAAUCAUAUCAGUGCCUUGAAUGCGAAAAGACUUUCACCACAGCUCACUCCCUUAAACGCCAUCAGAAAAUUCACACGGGCGAAAAGCCGUACCAAUGCACCGAAUGUGGGAAGAAUUUCAUCCGAGCGACGCAACUGAAGACCCAUCUGAUAAAUCACACGGGAGAAAAACCCUGCCAGUGUGCCGAAUGUGGGAAGACUUUUUGUGCAGUUCAGACCCUUCGACGUCACCAGAGACUUCACACGGGUGAAAAGCUUUACCAGUGCGUCGACUGUGGAAAGGUGUUCUUUGAAAAUGGAAGGCUUAAGCAACACCAGAGGAAGCACAUGCGGGGGAAAAAAAACAUAGAAGUGGAAUAAAUGGACAAGGACUGGAGGAAACCACUGGGGAGUUCACAGCUAUGAGCACCAGUAGCCGUGUUCGUUUAGCGGAUUAAGAAUUCUAAAAACUGGAGAUUUAUAAAACAUGCAUAUGCACAAAAACAGGACCAGCUUUUCACGGAAACAUAUGGAGCCCCAUAGGUGUUGGGCAAAAAAAAAUGUUCAAACUAAUUAUUAAUUCAUUUGACCCCCGUGACCCUGUGUUAGGAUAUAGCGGGUUGGAUAAUAGAUGGAUGAAUGGAUGGAAGAAUUACGCAAUUCAUUCAAAAAUUUUUUCUUCUUGUUUCAGUAGUUAUUUAUUUUUCCUGGUAUGCAGUUUAGUGAACUAGAACCGGAAGAGCAUAGCCAGCCAAUAGUUUUAGUUUUAUCGUACGCAAUUUAGUGCCAUUAUCAACUAGAUUUUAAACAUACCUUUUCUCUAUUAGCAUUUCCACGACUGACUCUGGAAUAUCACAUUCUUGGAGAAAAUUCCAUAAAUCCAUUCUCAUAACUUCUCCUGCAUGUGAAACUUGUGUCAGGAUUCCUCUAAAGAACCGUUUCGACCGCAGAAGUCUUCAAACUAGUUCCUCUUCUGAUUCACUGAUUUUGACAUACGCCUUACAGUUUACUGAACUGUAUGCCAAGAAAACUAUAUGAGGCUCUGUAAUAAGAACUGGACUGCCAGUUGUAAAAAAAAAUAAUAAUCUGUUCGAAUUAAUUAAUAUGGCACAUGGCUACAUACUCCUGAAAUAAAAGUCAGCGAAAUAAGUAAAAAUAAUCAGUUUGAACAAGUUGCGUAAUUCGUUCAAACGAAUUAAUCAUUCGUUCAAACCGAUUUUUUUUUUUUGACACCUACAGGGCUGCAUAGAAAUGUCAUAAUAUACAAAUGAAAACUUGACAGGGGAACGUGGGUAUAUUAACGGCAACAAUGUUUACCUCCGUACGCAACAUUUUGGAGAAACUAACAAAUGAUGAUAACAAAGUAGGGAAAUGCAGCCAAACCAGCUAAAUGGUGACUCAUGAGUAUAAUAACUCACCGUUAUAAGAAUGUGUGUUGACGUGACAAAUUUAUUAAACCUUGAAAGUGAUGAAUAUGACGUACAUGCUCUAUUUUAGUUCCCUCUGCAGAGGCCCACUGCUGCGUAUUUGCACUCUGGAACGUUUUUGGUUUUUUUGUAACAACCACACUCACACUCGGAAAGGCUGCAAGUUACCUGCUGGAGUGAAGUCCGGCAAAUUGCUCUUACCGUUUAGUUCUUUACCCUCCCUACACUUAAGCUUCCAAGUCGAUGGGGAAAAAACAAAUAUAUUUGUCAAAGAUAAAAGGGUCAGUAUGUGUAAAAUGAAUAUAUUGGCAGAGGAUGAAAUAUAACAAAUACAAUAUAUACCCAAAUUCCCCAAUCCUGAUGCAAUUGCAAAUAUACAGUGUGAUAGUGAAAGAGAACCAAAACAGCCCGACCUCCCUUAUCUUAACUCGAAAACAUAUAUAAAUUAAAAAUGAUAAACAUAUAUAAAUUAAAAACGAUAAACACAUACAAAGUCCAACAUGAAAUGUUGAAAACAAAAGAGAUGGAUGAAAGCCGGCCAAGUCUGAAAUGAUGAAAUGACAGAAAAGCAUAAUUCAAAUGGGGCUGUUUCAAUGUUUAAACUGAAACAGUCUCACCGGCGAGUCCUGAUAGCACUCCGUCAUCCCUGGGAGGUGGAUGAUGGAAAGUCAUAAAUCCCUUACUGCCGUAUGUGACUAACUGGUGGAACAGAGAUGAUCUGUGGUUCCCUUCAAUGAAAGAAUAGCAGCGUUUCAUAUGAUGGAUCACGGAUUGUCUCAAGGCUUCUUUUUUCAUUUUCUUCUUGUUGUUCAUUAGAGGAUGGUUGGCAAACAAUAGUUUGGUGCAUUACCGCCACCAUGUAGUAUGGAGUGUGGAUCAGAAUGUUCUCAGUAUUAUGUACUCUCACUCAACUUAGUGUCUUUCAAAAAUUAUAAUGGAAAUGAUAACAUUGGUUUCUUCUGCAAAAUAUCUUCCAAGAUAAGAUUCACUUUUAGUUCCUUGAGGUUUUCAACCAAAGUUUUUCUGGCCUCAUCAUACCUCUAACAAUGUAAUAGCAUAUGUUCUAUUGUUUUUACCUUUCCACAAUAGCUAUAUGAUGUUUCCAUAUCCUAUGGAUUUUUCCCUUUUCAAAUGCGCAGUGCUAUCUUAUAAUGUAUGCAACCCAGAACUAGCAGGAAACCC